AUGGCGCGUCUGGUCUUAACUUGUUUGCUGCGUGGUUGCCACUGUCUGAAGUCCCUCGUGGCACUAUUGAAAGCCCAGACAAGAGCAUACUCUGUGUACCUUCAUAAGGUGACCCCCACAUGGUCCAAAGAUCUCAACGUCCCGGAACAGUUUGGAUUUCUGCAUAAUCAAGCUGUCCCAUUUUACAUUGACACCGAAGACGGCGUGAAACUGCAUGCAUGGCAGAUUGUCCCGUCUGGAGUCUAUGAACAGAAUCAGAAAAAUAUACUGGACCAGGGCCUGUCCGGACCGGUCAGCGAUAUUACGAAAAUCGUCAACUUCCGUCUAUUGCGAGAUGACCCAGAGGCAAGACUUGUUCUGUACAUGCACGGCACAUCCGGAACCUUAGGCUCUACAAUAAGGCCCACCUCGUACCGCAAUAUCUAUUCCGCAGCGCCAAAUAAGAUCUACAUUUUGACCUUCGACUACCGUGGCUUUGGCUUAUCAAGUGGCAUUCCUUCUGAGCGAGGCCUUUUGCUUGAUGCACUCGCAGUUGUGAAGUGGGCAACAACCACCGCUCAAAUUCCACCCGACCGGAUCGUGGCAUAUGGACAGUCCCUGGGUUCAGCAGUUUCAAUAUCGCUAGUCAAUUACUUAGCCACACAAAAUCCUUCGCUUCCAUUCGCUGGUGUUGUUAUUAGCGCAUCCUUUGCGGAUUUACCAAGUCUCACUGCAACGUAUCGAAUCGGCGGAAUUAUUCCAGUUUUGGCUCCAAUUGCAAAAAUACCGCCACUUUUCCGCUUCCUCACAAGCAGACUCCAGGACACUUGGGUGGUCAAAGACAAGAUUGCUCAGUUCAUUCGGCAUAGCAAGAAUUAUCACCUUACCCUCAUUCAUUCCGAGGAUGACAGCGAUAUUCCAGUUGCGCACGCCCAAGAAUUGCUCUGGCAUGCUGUGAAUGCCACCAGUGCAACUCCAAUCUCAUUUAAAGAGCUAGAAAAAGACAAGGCUAGAAAGAAAGUAGAUCUAGGGCCGGGUGGAUGGUAUGUUGACUGGACUACGCAGGAAGGGACGAUAAGACUACAGAUCUUGAAGUAUGGCGAACAUGACUGGCAGAUGACAUAUCAAACAACGUCUUCAGCUGUUCUUCAAGCAUUUCGGUCCAGGUAUCCAGAAUUUGCACCUUGAUUGUCAUAUCAAUGACCAUGUUUUGGUGUCAUAUGGACAGAAGAAGCGGCUGCUUACGACGCUAAUCACGAGAUGCGUGUAGAGGCCGUAGUAAACCUCUUUGCUUUUCAGCUGGUGCUGGCUCUCUACACAAAAAAGCUUUCACCAUUACAACCGCUAAAAUCUUCGAAACUUGAUCUGGCAUCAUCCCCAGGCUCUCAGAU